AUGGCUGACCCCCUGCCUGCGUCCGGAGAGAAACGAACGACGGACUUUUCAUGUUUGUUUUCGUCUUCUUCACGUUUACCGGCGGCGCAGAGCUACCGGAGAGGGGCGGGAGGACGAUGUAACGGCAACGGUGACGGGCAGAGUUCUUUUCUAAACAUGGAGACAACAGGAGAUCCAGAAAACAGCCUCAGCAGUCAACAGUGCUGCAGCCGGGACCCCCCCUCGUCCAGAUGUUGGUGUCUGGACUGUAAAGAAGCUCUGUGUGACGAGUGCGUGUUGGCUCAUCGUAGAGUCACUGUAACCAGGUCACACACGAUCCUCAACCAUCCGCCAGGGAAUGUCUUGACUUCUCCCAUCAAGUUCUGCAGACUCCACCCUUGUGAGCCACUCAAACUCUUCUGUUUCACCUGUUACCAGUACACCUGUAGAGACUGCCAGCUGAUGAGUCACAUGAACCACAGGCAUCAGUUUGUCAGCGAAGCGCUGGGCAGUCUGAAGAAGCAGCUGGAGGCCUGGGUUCAGCCAAUCAUAGCGCAGAGAGACACAGUGAGGCGGAGUCUGCAGGACAUGCAGACCAGGCUGCAGGAACUUGUUCAAGGUGAGUCUCAGCUGAAGACUGAACUGCAGGAGUCUUACAAAAUCUGUGCUCAACUGCUGAAAAAAAGGAUGGAAGACAUCUUGGACGAGGUCAAGGUGGUGUCGGAGUCAGAGCGUGAACACAUUCAGAGGAGGAUGGUGAAGCUGAAGCAGCUGCAGCGGGGGCAGCUCUUGGUGACCGAAACCACAGAAAAAACAAAAAACAUAAAUGACCUGCCAGCUCUGCUCAGCUGGUCGCAACAGAUCGAGUUUCAGCUGAAGAAUCUAGAUCAGGACCCGUCUCCCCCUCAAACCAUGUCUCAGAUGCAGGUCAUCACUGACAGGAAGUCUCUGGAAACCCUUUUAAACUUUGGUGAACUUAAAGUUUCUUGGAUCCCCUUCUCUGUCUCACGAGCCUCCACUCAGAACACUCCAGCCACCUCCACCUCCACCUCUUCCCCUGCCGUCACUCCUCCCGCCGCCACCUGUCCGGCACUCUCCUGUAAGACCCUCCCCCAUACUGGGACCACCAAUGACACUGCCUCACCUGUUCCAGUAAAUCACCCCUCUUUGUCGUCAAAGUCCUCGUCUAGUAAGCUAUGUUGCCCUCCUCCCUCCACUUCGCACCCCUCCAACUCUUCCUCUGUUGUUCCUCCCACCUCAACCUGUCCCGCGCCCUCCAGCAGGCCCCCCCUUACCCAGACUAGGACCGCUAGUGACACUCUUUCGCCCGUUUCAGGCAGCUGUCCCUCUGUCUCGUUGCAGUUCUCGUCCGCUCAGUUGAGUCCUCCUCCCUACUUCUGCCCGAACCUUAGCCGACCCGUCACUCCCUUGACCACGAGCGCUGUGGGCACCUCCGCUCAGCCUGUCAAGCCUCUGUCCUCCUCGCCCCCGAGGUCGGUAUCUCACCUGAAGACGUACCCGAGCCAGGUGGUGCCGUUGAUGAAUCACGUCCAGCCGGUUCCUACUUCAGUGAGUCAACAGCCCGUCAGCUCCCCUGCCUCCCUGUGGGCAGGUCUGUCUCCGUCCUGUAGCGUCCUCAAACUCGUUCAACCGUCUCUGGUUCCGAACCAACCGGCUGCUCCACAUCUGAACCAUCCCGCCGCCGUCCUGCUGACCAACCCUCAGGCUGUCUACCAGGUGUCCUGCUGGCCCAUCAGUCGCUACUCAGUACUGCCUCAGCUUCCCUUGCUGCUCAGUCAGACUAUGUCCCAAACCUUACCUGGAAACACUUUCCCUAAACAGCAGAAACGCUGUGGCCUGAUGAAAAACUUCAUCCCAAGAAAGUCAGGUAAACAGCAGACGCACUGUGGCCUGAUGAAAAACCAAGUCCCGGGACAGUGCCGUAAACAGCCGACAUACUUUGGCCUGAUAAGAAACUUCAUCCCAAGAAAGUCAGGUAAACGGCAGAAGCGCUGUGGCCGGCCGAGAAACACAAGCCCGGGACAGCGCCAGCUGCAGAGUCUGGUGAAGGCAGUGCCUGACUCUGCCUGUGAUAUCAGCGUCCCACAGGUGACAGCGAGGCAGCAGGAACCUGCGGAGGACAAAGCCACCUCCACCGUGUCUGAAGAAACCGAACCUGCAGGGAAACUCUCUCUACCUGAAACAAGAGACAGACACACUGAAGAAUCAAGCCCUGUGAUUGGACAGCAGGACCGCCGUCUGAACCAACGUCAGCCCAGAGUGUCUCUGUUCAGACUGCCACUGUCCCUCCUCCGACCUGGACGUCCGCUACCUGGUUUCAGUCCCCCUGCAGAGAACAAACUGACCUCCACCACAUCUGUAGAAACAGAGCCUGCAGGGAACCGGUCUCUACCUGAAACAAAAGACAGACACACUGAAGAAUCAAGCCCUGUGAUUGGACAGCAGGACCGCCGUCUGAGCCAACGUCAGCCCAGAGUGUCUCUGUUCAGACUGCCACUGUCCCUGCUCCGACCUGGACGUCCCCUACCUGGUUUCAAUCUCAUCCCUGGAGACACUGAAGAUGAGGUUUACCUGGAAGAGAUGGAUGAGGACUCUCAGUCCCAGGCUGAUGACGUCUCAGAUGUCUUUGGGGAUUUCACAGAGCCUCUGUCGUCUCCAGAGUCUCCUGUGACCCUGCAGAUAGUUUCCUGCUGUGCUUGCGGUUCUGCUUACAGUUCAAUAAUCUGUUUAUCCUGCGGUCGAGGUUACCACAGAGACUGUCAUAUUCCCCCUGUUGGACCUGACAUUUGGACAGAGUGGAUCUGUUCGUUGUGUCAGGACCUGUCGGACCCCUCAGACCCCUACAGCUCUGAGAGACCACAGAGUCCUCAGAGUCCCUGUCUCAAUCUGCUGGACCAGAGGAGGUGUGAGACUCUGCUGCUUCACCUGAAGGUUGAAGGCUGCAGUCGACUUUCUGAGACCGGUUGUGUUUGGUCUCAUCUGAUGUCGAUAUCGGAGCGUCUGACUCUCCGUCGCUCUCCUCCUUAUCAAACAGCCGCGGAGCUCAUCUCUGACAUCUGGAGUCUAUUCAAGGAGACUCCCUCCUCACAGGACCAGCAGGUUCUGAACAAACUGCAGCAGAGUUUUCAGACCCAGUUGAUGGAAACCUUCAGUUUGGAGCUCCGUCCUUCACUUCUGACUCCGACAAACACAGAGAGCGGAGAGAAGCCUACGGAUUUACACCAGCGCCAUCCGGACGAGUCCAAACUGAAAGAGAUGAGAGAGAGGCUGAGAGCGUUUCUGGAUCUGAGGGGACCUUCGGGAGCCAGAAGGACAAAGAAGGACAGGAUGGCGGCGGCGGCGGAGGAUGAAAACCCUCCACAUCCUCCCUCCUCCGCCUGCUUCAGAGUCGCAUGUUUGACAUCAGAAACAUCAGAGGAAGUCGACGUGUGACCUCCGAACGACCGCCAAGUGUUUCUGUCGUGACCCGCGAAUUCUGGAAGCUGAAGUUCAGCAGUGUUGAAACUGUUUCCUCUUCCUCCUGUGGAGUUUCGGUCAUUUCGGUCUGAGAGUUGAUGGAUUGAUUAUUGACUUGAUCGGUUUGUCUGUUUUUUACAUCAGAUAUAAAAUGUUAUUGUUAGAGUUGGGUUCUGAUCCAUUUCCCGUUCCAUUUUGGAGCAAACCACCCGGAUUCAUUAAGAUCCGACGCUUGCUGGUCUCUAACCGGCCUUUAUCUCUCCUGGUUAUUUUUCGCGUUGAAAACCGUCAGGUGACGUCAGCAGCUCCUCCAGUUGAAACGACGACGGCGGGAGAUUAAAUCAGCUGCAGCUGAUCAACGUUAAUGUGAAGCUUCAGUUCUGCCGUUCUGAGUGAAGGUCACUCUGAGGAACGAUCAGCUGAUCUCAGCUCGUUAAACACAGGAGAGUCCACCUUCAGCCUUUUAGGCUUCAGAUCCGAAGCUCGUUUCCCUCAGAGUUCUGGACCAGGAGCUCCAGUAUCUGGAUCAGGGAGUUCCUGAAAAAUCAGGCGUAGAACUCAGAUUUCUUCGCUGUGUCUCAACAAUCAAUAUCAAUCAAUAAUCAAUAUUUCAAAACUUCUGCUGCUCAGCUCGUGUUCAGGUUACAGCUACAGGUCGUCAACGUUAAUUAGGCUUCAUUAAUGUUUCAGUCUGGAAGAUUCCAGUCCUGGUGAAUUUGGCGCCACCUGUAGUUUCUGGUGGUGAACGCAGAUGUGGUCUAAAACUACACACCGCGUUUCCUGGGACUACUUCACAAUAAAAGUCUACCGGGGUUUCACCAGUGAAAUGCCUUUAACGUGAAGCUGCGGCGGCAGGAAAUGUUGGGUCCACAUCAGCAGUAACCUAACGCAGCCUUUUUUCUGGGAACGUCUCCGCAGACGCCCGGUUCAUAAAACUGCAGAUAUGUAAAUAUCGUGAUACUUUCAUCGUCACCACAGUGUCGCCUCAUCCAGCGAAGGAAGGAGACUAACAGACUUUUGUUACCUGAAAAUCUUCCAGACUGACACUUGACAGUCAACAUGGCUCCAGCAGCUGAUCACAGAUCUACACUGAAUCUGUGAAGUUAUUUAGAACUUCCCCGUUUUUCUUACAAAUGUUUAAAUUCUAACUUCAUCUGAUUUGACAUUGGAAUCAGAUCCAUAAAAUGCUGGAGCCACAACGCUACUGCUCGUGCGGGUCUGUGGGGGAAGUUCUCAGAAGACAGACCAGAUGAGACAUCCUCGUGCAGGACCACGCGCACGCGGCCACACCGAAGUAUCUCCAGAUGUUUCAGUACCUCAGGGUUUGGACCGUGGCUGUGCCAGGUGUUCCCGUGGUGGAAUGUAACCGAGUACAUUUACUCAAGUACACGGUUAAGGUCCUUAGACCUGAGUUGAGCGUUUUCCUUUCAUUCCUUGUUGCGCUUCUACCUCGUUACAUUUCAGAGGGAAGUAUUUUUAACUCUCCGCUCCGGUACAGAUCUCCACCGCCUUUGGUUACUGAACGAAUUAAGAUUGUUACAGAUGCAACACAUUAGAAAACACGAUGCCCAAUUAUCGACUAAACUGCCCAACACUUUAUGCAAGUAAAGCUGAGACGAUCGGCUGAUUCGUCAGGAAAAACGACAACAGCUGCUCGAAUGUGCCGAUUCGAAGCUUUUCCCUUCGAGUCCUUUUAACGACGAUAGGAACGAAGUUAUUGGUUGAGAGCAAAAACCAAAACCGGAGCGUCUGAACGAGUCGCGUGCAGGUCUGAGUAACCGUCUCCUCGCUUCGGAGGCCUUAACCUGGAGCCGGAGUACUUUGCCUCGGGUCAAGUACCCGCUUGGGGAGUGAAACGCGCGUCCGCCGAUCAAGUAACCGGCGUCGACGAUAAUCCAGUCCUGCCAUUUAAGGUGGUUAAUACGUCAGUCGCGUGAAGGAGAUCCUCGGGUUGAGUUGGCGACGUUAUCGUUUGUGCCGAGUCCCACGAGGUGUCAAACCUCUUUUGGGACUUUGGGGACUCGGUAGUUAAACACUGGGAGGGUCCGUUCAGCAUAAACCACGGCUUUGACUUCUGGUACUUUAACUGUGUUCGGGCAUCCACGGAUCUUUGGGAUUUGCUCACGUUGGUUAAACUGUGUCUGUCUGCAAUUUUUUAUUUUAUCAAAAACCGUCUGAAAAAUGUGAAAUACGUGUUAUUGUCCCAGACCUCUGACCUCAAAUAAACGAGUUCUUUUUCACUCGGUCCAUCCAUUCGUCGUUUUCUGUUGCUCAGCCAUGAUAUCGCAGCUGAAUCGAUCAAUCGAUCAACAGAAGAAUAGAUGGCAACCGUUUUGAUAAUCGGUCGUUUUUCGAGCGAACAAUGGUGGAAAAACGAGAGGAACUAGUGUGUUUCAGUUUUUCACCUUGAACAAAAACCGAAAUGAUCGAACCUGUCAAGUCUCAAGGCGAGUUAUUAAGUUCUGACCGAUCACGUGAGAGAAGCAGCUCAGAGAAUGAGGACAGGAUCGUUUUUUCCUUCAUCCGUUAACGACUCGGUCAAUAAAAUGUCAAAGCUACGAGGUGUCCGUCAGUUUCCCAGGGACGGGAGGUCUCGUCUUAUCGGACCCGGAGGGCGACGGAUGGAACCAGGUCGAUGCCCCCUUCACUUUGCGCUCGACGGAGUCCUCGGCUGCGUUUCGUGGAUCUCUUUUGCUCUAGCGGCCGGUUUGAAACCCGUGUCGUGGGACUAAAUGUUGCCGUAUUUGUUA